AGUCAUCUUGUUCUGUUCGACUUCCUUUUCUGAUCCUGCGCAAGCAGUGUCCCUGCAAAGACAAAUAUUAAUAUGUUAGUAUGUUGUAAUCGUCAUCUUUUCGCAUGCCGCCCAUCGUUUUCUUGUCAUCCUCGUAGCAGGUGAAAUAUGUUUCAGUACUUCCAGCAGUUCCUAAACGACUAAGCGUUGAAUAUGUAACACGCGCACUUUUCCUUGCAAACUGAUUUGGCUAUAAUAACGUAAAGACUCAGACUUCUAUCUCAUCACUAUAUUACCUCCACCUACAACAUUUUCCGACAUCCAUCUACAACCAAGAAAUCAACAAAACCAUGACGCAAGCUAACACCUCCAGCAAAAAGAAGGUGGACCCUAGGGUCCGCAGCCUCCUAGAACACUGCGUCAGCCGAAAUGAGCGAGCCUUCUUCGUCGUCCUCGGAGACAGAGGCAGGGAGCAGCUGGUGAACCUGCAUUUCAUGCUGUCGAAGAUGUCAGCGAAGAAACAGCAACAGGUGAGAUGAGAUUUACGUUUCUGUUUCUUCCCUGAUCAUAAGUUUCAUGAAGAUGAAGACAAUCUUCGUCCGUUGAUUUCCAACCGCCACAAAAUCCACAUCCACAGGUCCUCUGGUGCUACAAGAAGGAGCUCGGCUUUUCGAGUCAUAAAAAGUCUCGCGCUAAAGAGAUUAAGCGGAAAAUCGCAAAAGGCGAGUAUGAUCCUAACAUUGAGGAUCCUUUUGAGCUCUUCACUAGUGCCACAGACAUUCGCUAUUGCUAUUACAAAGACUCAGAACAAGUGUUGGGUAAGACCCAUUCCAUGUUGGUCUUGCAGGAUUUCGAAGCGUUGACGCCGAAUAUUUUGUGUCGGACCGUGGAGACGGUACUACAAGAUUUUCUUUUUCUUGAGUAUCUUUUACUUUUGGGUGUGAUUGUUCGUCUUGCGAUCAUCAAUCACUCUAUCAAAUGAUUAUCUUCCUAUCUUCAUUUCGAUUUCCAUUCUUUUUGACAUCAUCAAGCUUUUGUUCCUGAAAAAAGAACAUGAUUAUUCUACAUACUUAACUAAGUACAUUUUUACAGGUCGCCGGUGGCGGAAUCGUAGUCCUUCUCCUGAAAAGCAUGUCGUCUCUACGACAAUUGUACAACGUGUCGAUGGACAUUCAUCAGAAAUUUUCCAAGGAAAGCGACUUUGAGCCGCGAUGGAACGAACGUUUCUUGCUCUCUCUAGUGCGUUGCGACACUUGUUUAGUGGUCGAUGAUGAACUAAACGUCUUGCCUAUUGCGAAAAACAAGGCGUUUGUGGGAGAUUGGAAACAACAAGGAAAUCUUCAGGGUGUAGUGGGACAGUUGCAGAAUGGAGGUGAACAAGAUGCUUCAGCACAGCAGACUUCUGGUUCUGCCGCUUCUUCAUCCCUCGAAAUCGCUCAGCUCCAGUCGCAGAACCAAGCCGAACUAGCUUCUCUAAAACAGGAGUUGAAAGACGCUCAACCUUUGGGGAAUUUGCUGAACCUCGCACGAACUUUAGAGCAGGCACAAGCUUUGAUGCAGUUCGUAGACGUGAUCUCCGAGAAAACGUUGAGGCAAACCGUGUCUCUAACCGCAGGUCGUGGACGGGGAAAGAGUGCGAGUUUAGGUCUGGCAUUGGCCAGUGCGAUUGCCUAUGGAUACUCGAACAUCUUCGUCACCGCACCGAGUCCGGAGAACUUGCAGACCGUGUUCGAAUUCCUGCUCAAGGGAUUCGAUGCUAUCGGGUAUGUGGAGCACCAAGACUAUGAUGUAAUCGUGCAAACGAACAACAAAGAUGGAAAUCCUUCUGGAAAUAAUGCGAACUCCUCUGGCAGCAGUGCUCUCGCCGGUUCUGCAUCAGGCGCUUCCGGCUCUUCUUCUCGCGGCAACGUCUCUCGCACUAUUGUCCGUGUCAACGUUUACAAGGAGCACCGACAGACCAUCCAAUACCUUCCACCAGAAAACGUCAGUGCUCUGGGACAGGCAGAACUGCUCGUAAUCGAUGAAGCGGCUGCCAUUCCAUUGCCGACGGUGAAAAGCAUGCUGGGUCCAUAUCUAGUGCUGAUGUCCUCGACAGUGAACGGAUACGAAGGUACCGGUCGUAGCUUGAGUCUCAAGCUGCUGCAGGACUUGAAAGCCCAAAAACAGCUGUCAGCUGAGAUUCUGCUAACAGAACCGAUUCGUUACGCCUUCGGAGAUAGUGUAGAGGCUUGGCUCAACGAAUUGUGCUUGUUGGAUGCAAGCGAUGCAGUAGUGAAGACCAAGAAUGGUAACAGCAGCAAAGACAAAAAUUCUUCUUCCUCUUCGAGCAAGAAAAUCCUUCCCAUGCCAUCCGAAUGCGAACUCUUCUUAGUCGACCGAACAGCGCUUUUCAGCUAUCAUCAAGCGAGUGAGAAAUUCCUGAAGAAAAUGAUGGGCCUCUUCGUUGCCUCUCACUACAAAAACAGUCCGAACGACUUGAUCCUGCUAUCCGAUGCUCCGGGACACUACUUGUUUGUGCUGUUGGGACCCAGUGAGAAUGAAAGCGGCGAAGAUGAGGUACUUAAUGUUGGACAGAACCAUUUCUAGAUACAGGACUGCUAUAGUGAUGAUUGGUACUUGGGACACCUCUGAUCCGAUGGCAGUUCACGAACUGUCACGGGUUGAAGACAACACAGUGACCGCCCCAGUCUGAGAUUUGCAGUCUCAUAGUCUUUGUUUUAUAAUCGUAGUGAUCAUGAGUUGCAAAUUAAAAUUGUCUAGUGGAAAACCGUUUCUAUCACCUCAAAAAAUUCUUAGAUCCCGGAAAUCCUUGUUGCUAUCCACGUGGCCAGUGAAGGCGCAUUGAACAAAGAGGCAGUCGCUGCCAGUCUCGCACGUGGCCUGCGACCCAGUGGCGAUUUGAUUAGUUGGACAAUCAGCCAACAAUUCGGAGAUGCCAACUUUGGCAGUCUUCGCGGUGCACGGAUCGUGCGUAUUGCGACGCACCCGAGCUACAUGCGACAGGGCUACGGCCAAGAGGCAAUCCGGCAACUGAUAAGAUGGACCGAAGGCGAGAUGGCUCCGGCAACAGGCUAUGCGUCGGAAGAAGAGGAUGAAGAUGCUGACGUAGCCACGUCUUCUGCUUCCAAAAAAGACAGCAAUAAAGACGAGCAUCAAUUGGUUGCCAAAGCAAAAAUCCCAGUACUGCUGAAGGAAGUAACCGAGACAAGACCAGUUUUUUCGCUGGAUUGGCUAGGAACGUCCUUUGGCGUGACACUUGGUUUGUUCGAGUUCUGGAGGAAAUUGGGUUUUUCUCCAGUUUAUGUGCGACAAACCUCAAACGAUAUUACGGGAGAACACUCUGCGAUUUUGCUGAGGACUAUGCAGCCCACAAGCGAGAACAACAUGCAGCUGGUCAGCAGUGGGAGUGGAAAAGCGACUUCAGCAACGUGGCUCCGAGAAUUUGGAACCGAUUUCCGUAGUCGGAUGUUGCGUUUGCUUCGUAGCCAACAGCUCUCCAAGUGGCCAAUCAACGUUGCUCUGUCUGUCGUAGGACAACCACAAGGCGGAUCUUCAUCUUCCAGUUCCACUUCCAGUUCUUCUAGUCCGAUCAAGGCUGCGCAAGAGCAGGAGUCCAUCUCCAACCCCUUAGUAGCCAUGAUCCGUAGAUGCGUUUUGCCCUUAAUGACGAGACACGACCUUCAUAGAAUCGAGUUGUUCGCAAACAAGCGAGCAGAAGCACCCUUGAUCAUGGACCUGCUGGCUCCCUUGGCUUCUCUUUAUUUCGAAGGGCGACUUCUACUAGCAGCGAGUGCACAGAGAACAUCACAAAAUAUUAUUACCUCCGCUGGAACAACAACAACGACAACCAACAUUUCUUGUCAACCUCUAGUUCUCUCGGCGGCUCAGGCAGCGAUCUUGCUCGCAGUGGGAUUGCAACACAAGAGUUUUGACCAAGUUGGAAAGGAGCUUGGCUUGGCUGUCAGUCAGGUGUUUGCUCUUUUUACGAAAGCGGUGCUGAGGAUUUGGUCUGACGUGAUUUCUCCAGCUCUCGAGGAAGAAGCUGCGGACAGUGCAACAGCGACGGCGUCGAAAACUUCAGCAACAUUAAGGGUUUCCGAAUUACAUUCCUCACUACCAUCCCUAGCGCUUUUCCCAGUAGAAAAGAAGCCAGGGAUGUCCUGAGGAAUGUAAUUCCGUAACCUCUAACAACACCGACCACCGUAGUAGAACAAAGGAUCGGUGGAAGUGGCGCAAACAAAGCAGGAGGAGUCUUGGUAGUCGAAGCAAAUAGCACUAAGGGAGGUGCAGCAGCUAUUGGAGGAGAAGGGGGACUCCCUAAAUUCGGAGAAAGGGUCUCCUUGAAAAAGAGAAAGGACGAGAAUAAGCAAGACGGAAGAAUGGAAAAACUAAAGAGGUCAAAGAACAAGUAACUGAAAAUGCCUUCUGGAAUCUUGUUCUCGAGAUUUAUCACGACUCUUAACCUGAGAAGUUGUACCAUGAUACGCGCCUGAUGAACAAGUACCGCACCUUUCGUUUGAUAACGCAAGAUGCUACCACUAUGAACGUGAUGCAAACUCAUCCAUCUGCUCAAGCUUAUACGCCAAAGGCUAACUAAGU